AUGACUAGAACUUCUGUCUUGGCUGAUGCUUUAAAUGCUAUUAAUAACGCUGAAAAAACUGGUAAGCGUCAAGUUUUGAUUAGACCAUCUUCAAAGGUUAUCAUUAAACUUUUAACUGUUAUGCAAAAGCAUGGUUAUAUUGGUGAAUUUGAAUACAUUGAUGAUCAUAGAUCAGGUAAGAUUGUUGUUCAAUUAAACGGUAGAUUAAACAAAUGUGGUGUUAUUCAACCAAGAUUCAAUGUCAAAAUUAAUGACAUUGAAAGAUGGACAGAUAACUUAUUACCAGCCAGACAAUUCGGUUAUGUUAUUUUGACCACUUCUGCUGGUAUCAUGGACCACGAAGAGGCUAGAAGAAAGCAUGUUUCAGGUAAAAUUUUGGGUUUCGUUUAUUAG